UUUACUCUUACGUGUACUCUUUCAAUUCCUCCCAAUAUUCCUUAAUAUUAUCCCCUAAAACAAACAAAAUUACAACCUAAGUAAGCUAUCUUCACUAAAACCCUCUAAAUAGAUUCUUACAACUUGUCAAUUUCUCUUAGUAUUAUUCUCCUCUAAUGAUGACUACUAUGACCACGGCGCAUGUGGUGCACUGCGAGCUCCAGCCUCCGAGGCAGUCCCCGAGGUUGGGGCCUGACUCGUCGAGCAGUCCUGAUCAGGCAAAGAUUAUCCUACAGCCGCGGAUGUGCACACUUAGAUCAUACGCUUCUGAUAGUGGUAGCGGCGUGAUCAAGUCAAUCAUUACCAAAUCAAAAGACGGUGUCGGUGUCGGUGUCGGUAUCGGUGGUGGUGUUGAUGGUAAUGAUCAGGAGGAAGAGUUGCUGUCUCCAUUUUUUGCGAACUUGUACGAUUAUAUAGAAAGUAGUAAGAAGAGUCAGGACUUUGAGAUCAUCACUGGUCGUCUUGCUAUGAUAGUGUUUGCUGCAACAAUUGGUGCAGAAUUAGCGACAGGAAACUCUGUGUUCAAGAAAAUGGACGUGCAAGGGAUAACUGAAGGCUUAGGGGCGUGUAUGGCAGCAGUGACUUGCGCAGCUGCUUUUGCUUAUUCUUCCAAUGCUCGUAAGAAGGUUGGUCGUAUCUUCACCAUUAGCUGCAACGCCUUCAUCGAUACCCUCGUUGACAACAUCAUCGAUGGCUUGUUUUAUGAGAAUGACGAAGAUGAUCAAUCUAACGACAGUAAUCUAUGAACUUACACAAUUAAAUUAAAUAUGUGCAACUUCAACCAGUCUUAGCUAGUUUAGAAAGAUUAUUUACUACGCAGUAUGUAUGAAUCGAAGUGGCAAUUCAAUUUUAUGUAUAGAACUAUACAAGAAUAUGUAGCUUUAAAUGUAUACGUGUAUGUAUGUUGUAUAUAUAUAUGUAGUAUAUAUCUAUACAAAUUAAACUUCUUAGUUUGGUUACAUAA